UCGCUAAAGUAGACGACAGUGUAUAGAGAGCGCGUCGGUUCGACGUGACAAUUAGAUUUCGUUGAAGUGAAUAGAUUUGAAAAGAUACUCGUCCGAUUUAAAAUUUAUUUAACGUCAAACUAAACGUUGAAAGAUGUCAUCGGCAGAUAUAGCCAUGCUUGUGGAUAUGGGUUUCAGUAUGUCCAAAGCCGAAAAGGCAUUGGAAAUUACAGGAAACAACGGCGUAGAACCAGCAAUGGAAUGGUUAUUAGCUCAUUCCGAUGAUACUGAACCUUCUCCUGAACCUCCUGUUGCUGAAAGUGCACCAGCCUCUGUAGCUGAUACUCCAGCACAAGAUAGUGUUGCUAGUACUGGUGGACAAGUAUCUACGACAGAUGUUGCAAAGUCAAUGAAAUGCGAUGUAUGCGGAAAGCUCUUCAACUCCAGUCUUGCUGUUGAAUUUCACGCUACAAAGUCUGGACACGAUAGAUUUUCAGAAAGUACAGAGGAGAAAAAGCCACUUACUGAGGAGGAGAAAAAGGAACAAUUGAAAUUGUUGGAUGAAAAAUUGAGACAAAAGAGGAAAGAGAGAGAGGAACAAAGUAAGAAAGAAGCAUUUGAAAGGGAGAAAAAUAGAAUAAAAUCUGGAAAAGAAAUGUCAGAGGCAAGGAAGAAAUUGGAAGAAUUAGAAAUGAAGAAGCUUUUAGAACAAAGAAAAAGGGAGAAGGAAGAAGAAAAAUUAGCAAGGCAAAGAGUUAAGGCACAGAUUGAAGCUGACAAAGCGGCAAGACGUGCAAAAGCUGCUGCUGAUAAUAAUCAGAUUCCUAAUUCUGUAUCAACGUUGUCGUCAUUGUCGUCAACCUCGUCUACAUCGACUCAUCAUAGGAAAGAUUAUAGCGAGACUAAGCUUCAGAUUAGACUUACAAAUGGAAAAACAUUAACGCAAAGUUUUGGCAGUAAGGAGCAAUUAUCCGCUGUUAGAUUAUUCGUUGAAAUGAAUCGGACAGACGAUUGCGGACCGUUUAAUUUAAUGACGAAUUUUCCUAAAAAGGUAUUCACAGAGGAGGAUUAUGAUGUACCAUUAGACGUUUUAGGGCUGGUGCCUUCUGCAGUUAUAAUCGUUCAAAAAAAGACUGCAUUGUGUUGAGUGCUAUCUAUUUCUACUCAAAUGAUCAGAAUACAAACUGUGAGCAAUUGCAUUAUCUGUAAACAUGCAAUUUAAUUGCAAUUAAGUGCUACAGGAAACAAAUUCUUUAAUAUGCGUUGGUUAUUUAAGAUUGCAGAUAAGUUUUUCAUAACUUGAUUUUCAAAAAAUGCUAUAACUAAAAAUGCGUGGGAAGCAGAAAAUAUACGUUUGAAAAUAAUAUAUACGUAUUUUAUUGUAAAUCACAUAAAAAUAUUAUGCCUUAUUUUAUACAAUGAUCCAAUAAUUUGUAUAAUUCGUAUUAAUAAUUUCAUGAUUCAUGAUCAUAUAUAUGGUAUAUAUAUAUAUAUAUAUAUAUAUAUAUAUAUAUAUAUAUACAUAUUAAAAAAAAUUUUAAAUAAUAGUUUCUAAGUUACAGUUUAGGCUGAAUUUCCAUUUUUGUAUUAUAACAGUUCCAUUCACAAUUUUCGAAGAUUUUCGUUUUUAAAAAUUGCUAUAUACUUAGCAAAAAUUAAUUCUAUAUUUGUAUCACAUUAUAAUAUGAUGGUACAAUACCAGGAUAUAUUACUUGCGUAGAAUCUCUACAAGUACUAGCAGGGAAUCCAUUAAUGCCAUCGCAAUCGACCAAUUUUAAUGUUUUAUCGAAGCAUAUUCGAAUUUCAUAAAUAUAUUCUUCCUCUUUUUCCUUCAAUAAGUAAUUAAAUCAUUAGAGAUUGUGAUUUAUUGAAUGAAAUUUUUCAAAUUCAAUUAAAUAUAUUUACCUCGUUAUGAGCACACACUA